AUGCGCGCUGGGAGCACCGCCCCGUCGAAUACCUUUGGUCGUCGUGGGCGAUUUGCCAUCUGCAGCACUUUCCUCACGAGUUUCUCCUCGAAAAUUGGAGUUGCUUGCACCAGUCUUUCGUCACUGUCGGUGUUAAGUGAUGGUACCGCUGCUGUGUCUCAGAUGAUGCGCCGUUUGACGAACAGAGCGAGGUCGAUUUCGUUGUUUGUUGCUGCGUUAGGCACGAUCCACGUCCAUCUGCUUCUUCAACUGGCUGCUGCCGUUGUGCAGGUAUUUCGUUUCUGCCAUGGUUACCAGCUGGUUUCCUCGUUCCUUCCGCUCUCCGGUGUCUUACCUUCCGAGAAGUGUUUCACCGGCCACUCCUCGUCCGACUUGAAACUGAAUUUUCAAGUCUCCCAUGACGAGGUUUUACGUGGACUUUGGGAUCAGUGCCUGUUCCAAGUCCUGAUUUAA